GGUUGGAAGUGAACCCAGAAAUCCCCCUCCAUUCUGCAGAUUUUCGGAUCUGCUCUGCUCUGCUCUGUCCUUCCGCGAGUAGCUCUUGUCGGUGGAGUGCUUCCCGGUUUUUUGGUAAGGGAACGACUAAGAAUCAUCCCUUUAGCCUUAAUUCAAGUUGGGUUACUCUGAUUGUGUUGUGGGUUCUUGAAUUUUGAGGUUUGCCGUGAGUUCCUCCAUUUCUCUCCCCGUCGGCUUCCUUCCCAGCCGGACCCGGUGCUGCUCGCCGGAGUUUCCUGGUACUAAUUAUUCUGCACUCUAGCACUUGGGAUUAGUGUUCUGUUGGUGCGAGUGAGGUAAGUAAAUUAUGGUAAAGCCCUUCGAUUUUAAAGCAUGUUUUCAAUUGUUUUUGAGAUGGUGGCAAGGUUUAAAUUGAUUUUAAAUUGAUUUUAUCAGUAUUUGAGUGUGAUUAAACUGAAAUGGAAAUAAUGAUGAUUUUACGGGAAUUUCUUUGUUUUUCUGGAAUUGAGCAUGAUUGGAAUGAAAUUGUUUUUGUUGCAUUGAGUUGAGCAUGCCUAUUUGGAAUUGACUAAACUGUUUUGAUGGACUGAGAGUUGUAAAUGUUGAGCUUUCUAUUAAAUCCAUGGUCACAUGGAAAUUUUUCGGUUUAUGUCUGAGAUUUGAGAUUGAUUGUGAAUGAUGAAUUUUUUUGGAAAUCCUGCAUGGUUUUGUCUCGGAUAUAGUCAUGAUUACUAUGCCCGCUAGUGGGAGGUUUAUAAACGCUAGCACAUGUCGACAUGUAUUUCUGUAGAACCGGUUCACCCUGCCAAUGGGGUUAAACACUGGCACUACCUGACGCUUGCCAGUGGGAGUGUGUUAAACGCUGGCACUAUCUGACGCCUGCCAGUGGGAGUGUGUUAAACACUGGCACUACCUGACGCCUGCCAGUGGGAGUGUGUUAAACACUGGCACUAUUCCUGACGCCUGCCAGUGGGAGUGUGUUAAACACUGGCACUAUUCCUGACGCCUGCCAGUGGGAGUUUGUUAAACACUGGCCAUGACUUAUAGAUGAGACUACUGAUGAGUUUUAUUAUGCAUGAAUGGUUUAUCAUUGAAAGUUCUAUUACGUUUACAUGGUUUAUCUGGCAUGCUUAAAUUUUUACCAAGGGCUAUCCAUAGUUUACUUACUGAGAUAUUUUAUUUCACCUUGUUUUCCUUGUCCACCAUUUCAGGUAGUGAUACCCGACACAUAAGGAACCGGGGGAGUGACGAGCUAGACGGCUAGGCGUUAUUUGGGACUUAGAUCUUUUGGAGUUAAGCUGCUAGUCUCACAUGGUUGAUAGAAAUAACCAUUUUUGUGUACAAAGUUCCCUUGGUUAUAGCCAUAACUGUUUACAAACUUUGUAUGUCUGGAAUGGUAAAAUUUUUGUAAUGAAAAGUUAGAUUUUACUUGAGUUUCAGAUUUGAAUUAUUCGAAUUGGAAACUAAGAACUCAGUCAGUUCCGAGCCUUGUGCAUUUGUGGGACCCGUCUCACGAGUGCACGGCGUCUGUCGCGCCUCGAAUUCGGGUU